GCAUUUUGCAUUUGAUGUUGCUUUCUUUCGGAUUCGUCUGCUGUGCGCUCUUGGCUGUGGCUUGACGGAAAUUUUGGUUUUAACAAAAUUAGUUUGACUUCAGCUUUACUGACAUACGGUCGCGUUGCCUUGCCUUCAACAUCGCAUAGACAAAAAAGCCGGACAAAAAUAUUUCACAUAAAAUCAGUUCAUUGGAGAACUCGAGCAGAGUUAUACGGUAGUCACUUCCACAGCAUGAGGAAUAUUCAAUUUUUGUUGUUGAUUGGGAUUUUAGUAUCCCUAGCAACAGCUAAUUUAGCAUCCAAAGAUGAUACUUCCGAGAAAUCAGCAGAGAAAGCAGUGGCAUCAGGUUCUACAGCAAAUAAUAGUGAAAAGAGUACUGCGACAGAGUCGGGGACAAUAACAUCAAAUAACCGCAGGGCCAAGUCCUUAAAAGCUGUCCAACCUGGCGACAAUCGCGGCAAACGAAAUCUUUACGAUUUUGGCAAUAGUUAUCUGUACUCACAAGUUGCAGCCAGAAGGGCUGGUUACAGUCCUGAUCCCAGAACGGCUUACAGCACUCAGCAAGUUUUCUCAAACGGAAAUGGUAUUGAUCAAUACACCGCUAACUAUGGCCCCUAUCAACAAUACAUUGAGGCCCCUGAACCCAUCAUUGAAAUAAUUAUUAAGGACGCCAACGAAACAUUGCCUAACCCCCAACCAACUGUUGUCAAGACCAAAAAGAAGAAGGAAAAGGUUCAUGUGUUUUAUGUCAACUAUAAGAAGGACGAGAACAACAAAUUACACUUGGAAAGUCCCAUUGCCUCACUGAACAAUGACCAGACCGAGGAGGAGGAAGACGAAGAGGAUGAAGUUAUCGAAUAUCCUGCAACCCCCUCUCCUCCAGUAAAGACAACAACACUGAGAGCUAUUAUACACCCAGACUCUGAGAAAUACCAUGCUGACAGUGGCAUUCACGUCACCUUUGGAGCCCAGAGCAAAACAAAUUCCGGUCACGAGGAACACGAUGCAGAAAGCGUACAAAGACAAGUGGUUGCUGUUCCAAUUUCAAGCCCCCAGACAACAUUAAAGACACAAUAUCCGGGAACUUCUAGGCAGGAUUUCCAAGGACAUGCGCGAUCGCCUUUUGCCAGUAGUUUAUUCCAAGGUUCAUCUAAUUUGCAAUACCAUCAGCCGGCUCAACAACAACAAUUACCCUCUCAACAUGUGACCAACUUUUUCAGUACUUCCGUGCAACGUCAUCAACAGCAGAAUCAACAUACACAGUACUCACAACAACAACAACAACAACAAAAUUAUCAACAAAAAUCCCAAUCUCAAAUAAAGUUGCCAUAUAGCUCUCAGCUAUCUUCUCAGAGUACUAAUUAUCAUCAGCAACAGCAACCCCAACAACAACAACAACAACUUAGAAAACCUUUGAGUCAAAUACAGCAGCACAUAAACCAACAGUUGCAACAACAAUCCCAAUAUUAUGUCAAUCACAAACAGUUGUAUCAAACACAGCAACAACCACACCAAAAUUCUGAACCGAAUCAAUAUUACAACAAUUUGCCUCAAAAACCAACGCAUGUCCCUAAACAACCCAUUGCUUUUCCCACAGCACCUCCGAAGAGUCAAGAGUUGCCACUUAGACAAGCCCCUCAAGCAUACCAACCCAUCAAAUUCCGGCCAACUCCAGCUCCGAUUAAUACACAAAACAGACCAACGCCUAUUGCAGCUAAAUUAGAAAAUUCCCAUUACAAUUCGAAGCCCUAUCAGUUCCAGAAACAACCUCAGUUCGUUCAACAGCCGUCCUUUACAGUCCAAUCUCCCACGAUCUCAUCGCCACAAUUUUAUAAACAACAGCAGCAGCACCACCACCACCAAGUCUUCAGCCAUGCCCAAAGUUCCAACUACCAAGCCACCAAUUCUAAUUAUUAUACCCAAAAUAAGAACCAUCCAUCCCAAGCGUCCAUUCAACAACAGCCACAAGUAUCUAAAUACCAAGCACAGAGCCCUUCUGCCGGCUCUUCUUCAAAUUUGAGUUGGUUGAAUAUCAAACCAUCCAAAGAAACAGAACUUUUCAAAUCCAUUCCCAAAUUUGAGCAGCAUAUUACCGAAACAAUUCAGAAUAAUUACCAACCUAGUUCUUACCAAACACAAAAUCAAGUCAUUCACGACAUUCCAGCGCCCAAUUUGGGACCUCACAAUGUCAAUAACAACAACUACAACGGUCAAUAUCAAUCCCAGAGCCAGCCUCAAUCUCAGGGACAGUCCCAAUUCAGCAAUUUUGUGACCACAUCGAGCAACUCGGUUAAUCAGCAUCAGUUGGCUGCCACUACACCGGCUCCUCAUUUUGUAGAAUCAAAUAAUGGUCAGAAAAUCAUGGUAGUCACCCCCAUGCCACCCAAUGUUUACCAACAGUAUCAAUCUGCGCACUAUCCCACCUCUCAAGACAGCCAAGCCCAAAUCGUAACGAGUGUUCAUCAAUCUCAGGAUCAAUAUAGUAAUUAUUUCCAACAGCCCCGACAAAGUUCGGGAUCGGUUCAGGCUCAAACUGAAAGUACCAAGGAUGGAUCAUCUUCCUCAGUAAACUCCAAAUUUAGCGUAUCCACCUACCAUUCAGAUGUGUUCAAGGAGCUGGAACAACGUAAACCGCAAGAUGGUCAAGCAUCGCAGAAUACCUACAUACCAGCCAAUGAGGCAUCCAAAUCCGCCGCCGAGCAAACAUCAACAACCACAACCCCUAACCCCAAGCUAUUGCAACAACUACCCGCCGAGGUGCCUGAUGAUUUGAGACAACAGUUGAUUUCUUCAGGCAUAUUGAGCAAUGCCGACAUUUCAAUAUUAGAUUACGACAAAGAAGGAGACAUUGCCUUGGAAAACUUGCCGGCCGAACAUUUACAACAUUUCUAUGGGGCCGGUGGCGGAGCUCAAAUUUCCGAAUCCAAGAAGGUCCUAUCCGUGUUGAAACCUAAUGGCGAUAAAGUCUCCCUUGAUGCAAAAGAAAUACAACGUGUUAAGGAGAUAAGUUCCCUGCCAAACAAUGUGCAAGCUGAUGCCAAAAUCGUACGAUUUGAUCCGUCUGAAACUGAGACAGGGGGCUCCACCGGCUCAGCUGAACGCCAAUACAACAGAUAUCUGCCUUUGAAAAUAAAUGCUGCAAAUUUUCCCACUCCGGUUUCCGAGGAACUCAAGACAAAAACCUUGUUGAGUGUUGUAGUUUUAGCUCCAGUCGAUAGCCCGGUCGGCGCUGAUGGUUCUCUGGUGGAUGAUACGAAGGAAGUGAAAUUCCUCGGCGGAGAUUUAAUAAAGACAUUGGUAAAGAAGCCAACCAAAGAAAAUUUCAAGAGAUGGCUCGAAAAGGAAUCCCGCACAGAUGUCGAACAACAGUCCGUGGUUUUACUUGUGGCCAAGCCAGCCAACACGUCGUCUGAACAAGAGAUAUACAUGUACGACAUAAGCACGGGCGAAGUAAACAAGCUGAAUGGCGAAUUAUCCAGUAAAUUUGUCAAUGUUGCUGAAGAAAACGCCAGCGCCGAAGAUUUGGAACGAGGCUCCACAUUAGAUCCCAACUUCCUGGAUGCAGUGAUGCAAAAGUCCACCAGCUAAACUAUUUCGACUUUUAAUAGAACCGAGUCAGAAGAUGAUGUGUCUGUCAAUCUAUCACAAAGAAAGUGCCACAAAUUACCAACAUUCUUAGAAGCGCCAUGUUAUCCUUCUCGUUUAAGCAAGUGUCUCCUACCUUAACGCCUUUCACUCACAACCCUCCUCCCUCCCUCCGCAUAUUAAAAACGGUGUCUCUGUAUAAAAUUGUGGUUAGAAUGCUAAAUGUUGCUUUGAACAGUUUUAUAAACACCAGCAAUUUGUUUAACAUAUGUAUGUAUGUAUGUAUGUAUGUAUGUGGUGUAAAUAACAAAUUCGACAGUUUUCUACACAAAUUUAUUAGCCAAAAACAGUGAAAAAACAUAUAUCUGUAAAUGCAGUUUUGUUGUAUAUAUUUUCAGCUUCAAAAAAAAAAAAAAAAGGAACACACAAUUCAAAUGCAAAAACCAAUCAAUCAAAGUCUCUUGGGACGCCCUACUAUUACGCCAUGAUUGAACACGGCUAAUUUUGUUCUGCACUCAUAUUGAUGUAAAUUUGGUAUAUUUGCUUACAAGGUUAAGGUACUGAAUUGCGACCCCAAUGUUUUUGAAGCUGAGAAUACAUACAAUAAAGUAACAUGUGCUAAUCUUCCAAGGCUUUUGGCAAUAGCAUGAAAUUAUAUAGUUUUGUUUUCGACCAUUAAAAUUCUUCCAUUGACUGUCAGUGUGUUUUUAAAACUGUUUGUCAAGCUGUAAACUGUUAGAUAAUUGUUAUUAAACUAUUUUAUUAAAUGAUUUUGUAAAUAUUGAUAUGGUUGUUUUUGAAAAAAAAAAAAACAAACGUUUUAUUGUCUCAACUUACAACUUGAUUUGUUUAGUGAAUAAAUUUUUUAUAAAAUAUGAAGUA